GUAGCAUGCCAGGCUAGUUAGCAGCCCCGCAAAUUUAAAAAUACGUUAACUUUCUUUAUUGGUUCAAUUCUGAAGAAAUGUUAUUUAGUUAAAUACAUACAUUUUAUUAUUUUAUAGGUGACAGAUGAGCAGUUUGUGUUGUGUUCUUUGAUCAGAAGAUCAAUCUUUCAAUCCAUGGUCAGUAUGUCUCAUAGGUCAAGGUCUUUUCUGUGUUAGGAAUGGACCGGCACAGAUCCCGCAGCCCUACUUCCAGCUCCCACCACCACUAUUCCCCAAACAGACGGGGAGGCGAUAACAGGAGACGAAACCACUGUGACGGUGCACAAUUCAGACCCUCAAAUCACCACCUGCAUCAGUCCAGUGCUACUCCAAGGCAAACCCCACCAAGGUCCCAGACCUUAAGCACAAGGAGGGAAGCRUAUGAGAGAGACUUUCCAUUGUACAAGCAGCCUGUGGAAGUGGGCUGUUUCUCCCUGGACUCUCAGCGUAGGUUUUUCAACGACAGCAGGCAGAUGAGAUUCUACGUGGAACCUGAGCGAAGUCCCAAUUUUGAUCUGAGGGAUGGGUACAGGGAACGAUAYGUGAAGAGGGACGAAAAYGUCAAGGAGAAGCUGGAUCACAUUCUGCGGUGGAUCGUAGCCAACAGGUCAAAGCUGAAAUCCAAGCUGACCACAGAUGCCUCAUGCCCGUUAGACUUUGACUUUGUGACCUGGCGGGGACACCUGACCAAGCUGCUCACUACGCCGUACGAGACCAGAGAGGGCUGGUUGCUGGCGGUGACCAGGUUUAACGGCACGCUCUACAUCAGCGAGGUGGAGACCGAAGCUGCUCGCAGGGAACGAGAAAACCGCCCAGAGAGGAACAAGGAGAUGAUGUACUGGGGAUACAAGUUUGAACAGUACAUGUGUGCAGACGACACAAACAGUGAGCCUGACCCCAGCGGAGUGGUCAACACCAACGAGGCCUUCUGCACCGUGGUCCAGACCCGACUCACGGACCACAAGCUUCUGUUCUCUGGUGAGGUGGAUUGUCGGGACAGAGAUCCUGGUGCUCCACCUCCUCCUGCCUGCUACGUGGAGCUGAAGACCUCUGCAGAGAUCUGCACUCCCAAACAGCGCAGCAACCUCCACAGGUUUAAACUGUUGAAAUGGUGGGCCCAGUCUUUUCUCCCCGGGGUCCCUCGGGUGGUUGCGGGUUUCAGGGAUCAUGAUGGGACCGUCGUUUCUGUGGAGACUUUUCAGAUCUCCAAGAUUUCACAGCUCAUCAAGAACGAAUACAACUGCUGGAAGCCAACAGUGUGCAUGAACUUCUGCUGCGACUUCCUGUCUUUUGYGAAGCGUGAAGCUACUGAGGACAAUCCUAGUGUGGUGUACUUGUUUUCCUGGGAGCCACACAACGACGUGACCUACUCAGUCCACCGGGACUCCCGAUAUACCUUCCUGCCUGACUGGUAUAUUAAGGAAAUGACCAGGUCUCCAGAAUAACAACARCCAUCCUCUUUCAGGAUUCCUACAAUGCUUUAAAAUUAUGGAAUUUUAUGGAAGUGUUUUCCAGAUCUGGAAGUUUUUGAACUUGCWGAUCCUACUCCCUGCUCCCUCUUUCCGAAAGUUGCAUCCUCUUAAUUAUCGUUAGUAAUUGCUUGUGGGUUUUAGAACUAAAACCUGAGUGUGGAAAAUGACGUUUUGUAUUUAUGUUUCUGAAAAUAUAUAAAAAUGAAGAAAAAAAAGACAUUUUAAGUCUGGAAAACUGAAUUUUGAUAUUAAAAUCUUAUCGGAGCGCUGAAUUCUGAAGUUUUCCUCGACACGAAAAGUUCAACAAACGUAAGCAUCCGUCGCUUCAUCAUCUUCUGGGAAGAUUUUUUWAAAAUAAUAAACAUUGUUCUUUGUUUUGUGCAUGGUAAUUUAAAAUAAAACGAUCUGUAAUUUUUUCAUGAUUAUUUUAUUGUUUCCUUGUUUUAACAGUCAUUUUGAUCCAGAAACCAUCAAGUAAAAAAAAAAAAAAGAAGAAAUCUUUAACAAUUGAAAUGAAAAAAAAAGUCAAAUCAAAUGUUAUUUCUUUAACAGUAUUUCAUGUAAAUCUACAUUUUUUUUAAUUCUUAAUAAAAUAGAUAAGACGCUUGUGAUUUAAUGUAGUAUUUAUCCAAAUGUGUCCUUUUGUCUUGUUUGGAUUUAUGURUUUCUAUUAAGACUUCAGCUCAGUACAACGAAACAUCAUGAAACACGUAUUACAGUCGGAGAGCRAGAGCACAUUGUGAUACAGCAGCACCAGGAAACCUUAAAUAAUGGAAGACAAAAUGCUCAGAGGAUAGAAAACCGUUCCCAUGGUAACCCCACAUAGUUCCAAAGCUCUGAGGCACUUAUGUAGAAUUAGCUCCGACCUCCACGUCUGUUAAWAUCAGCUUUAAAUACUUGCACUGUUAGA